AUGCGCCAGUGGGGAGUGGUAGCAGUGCAUAUUGUGGUCUUUGCAGCAGCAGCAGUUGCAGCAUAUAUAAGAGGAUGUGGAGCAGUGUUUGGAGGACAGAAAACUGACAGUGGGACUGUGUGGAACGCUGUUUGCUCUGUGCAUGGGGGAAAUGAGUGGGGAAGCAAGAAUGAGGGAGACGCGUGGACACGAAUGGAGGGUGAUCGUGGGGGUGUUGGUGGUGCUCAUAGUGGGGGUGCUGCCAUAUAUGCAGAUCUACGGGGCUUUCGGAGUAUUUGGAGGGAGAGAGGGUAA